AUGGCGCGGGUCUACGCAGAUGUCAACCAGACCAUGCCCCGCAGUUACUGGGACUACGACAGUGUCAACAUCAGCUGGGGAGUUCUCGAGAACUACGAAGUGGUCAGGAAGAUCGGGCGCGGCAAAUACUCCGAGGUCUUUGAGGGUAUCAACGUCGUCAACUACCAGAAAUGUGUCAUCAAGGUUCUGAAGCCGGUUAAGAAGAAGAAGAUCAAGCGUGAGAUCAAGAUUCUCCAGAACUUGGCAGGCGGACCAAACGUCGUCGCAUUGUUGGACGUCGUUAGGGAUAGUCAGAGCAAAACGCCUUCCCUGAUCUUCGAGCAUGUUAACAACAUUGACUUCCGAAGCCUGUACCCAAAGUUCAACGAUCUCGACGUUCGCUAUUACAUCAACGAACUUCUGAAGGCGCUUGACUUCUGUCACAGCAAGGGCAUUAUGCAUCGUGACGUUAAGCCUCAUAACGUUAUGAUCGAUCAUGAGAACAGAAAGCUGCGCCUAAUCGACUGGGGUCUGGCCGAAUUCUACCACCCCGGCACAGAGUACAACGUUCGCGUUGCCUCGCGCUAUUUCAAGGGUCCUGAGCUCUUGGUGGAUUUCCAGGAAUACGACUACAGCUUAGACAUGUGGAGUCUCGGAGCCAUGUUCGCAAGCAUGAUCUUCAGGAAGGAGCCCUUCUUCCAUGGCAACAGUAACUCGGAUCAGCUCGUCAAGAUUGCUAAGGUGCUUGGAACCGACGACUUGUUCGACUACCUCGACAAAUACGAGAUUGAGCUGGAUACCCAAUACGACGAUAUUCUCGGGCGGUUCCAGAAGAAGCCUUGGCACGGUUUCGUCACGUCGGAGAACCAACGUUUCAUUAGCAACGAGGCGAUUGACUUCCUCGACAAGCUGUUGAGAUACGACCACCAGGAUCGCCUUACUGCCAAGGAAGCACAGGCCCACCCCUACUUCAACCCCGUUCGCGACCCCGAGACGUUCAAGCAGAGCCUUCGGGAAGCCGACGCAUCUUCCACCUCCACCUCAUGA